GGAGCGGGAUUAUUGGGUUCUCAGAUAUCUCAGCCGCCGUCUCUCUUCCUCUCCGAGGCGGCGAUCACCGAGAAAAGAGGACUGCAUCCAAAUGCGGCAACUGGUUGCAGUCUAGGACAUGACUUGCAUUAAGAGAUGGACUGUGACCUAUACAAAGCAUAUGAAGCAGAAGAGAAAAAUUUAUCAGGAUGGGGUAUUGGAGCAAAGUGCUUCAGGUAACAAGGUAAUGUUGUAUGAUGACAGUGAGAAACUCAUAGAUAGCAGGUUUCUGAAGAAAGACGAGGUGGUUGAAUGUGGCAGAACGCUGACCAUGGAAGCCCAUCUUGUUGAUAUUGGAGAUCCCGAAGCAAAUCACAAACCUCUUACAAAUUUAAAUAUCAGUGGAAUAGAUAAGAAAUUAAAUGAAGUGGCUGACAUUCAGGGACAAAAUGAAAACAGAAAAAGCAUGUUGCAGAGUACACGACCGAACAAAGUUUCAAAUACGAUAAAUUGCAACAUCAGAGAUAACAAGAAAAACACAUUGGAUAGUAGACUACCACAGAAACAUUCCGUUGCCAUACCAAGCAGCAUUAAAGUGAGCAAGAAGACUGAAUUUGGUAGCUCUGGAGCACGACAAACUCAUCCAAAUACAACACAUAUGCCAUUAAAAGAAUGGAAUGUCUUGUAUACCACACAAAUUACUCAAAAGGCAAAAAGAUAUCAUGACGGCAUCUUGCGACUUGCACCUUGUGGUUCUCAUAACAACCAGAUUUUCUUAUUGGAUGAAGAUGGUGCAGUACUGAACAGCAAGUUCCUCAAGUCAGCUGAAAAUGUGAAAAAAGGCAGCAAGAUUGAGUUGUCCAACUAUCUGGUUGAAGUUUGCGAUCCACGAACUUUACUGGAAGAAGGUCUGCAUCAGGGUCGUUUAGAGAAAGUUGCAUGCUCUAGCUGCUCUAGUGACAACAAAUUCACAAUUAAUAUGGAAAAUCUUAGUGACAUGGUGCUGCCUAUUGAAGAUUUGCAAAAGGGUCAUGCAGAGCAAGUUAUAGGUUCUAUUGGCUCAAAUAUUUGGAAGUCUGCGAAUUGUAGAAGGCUGUUAAAUGAUGAGUCACUGCGUGAUGCCUCUCAAAUUCUUUCUGUUCUUCAAAAGCCAUUGCCAAAAGAGAAUGGGGACCAAAGAAAGCUGCCAGUAGAUCAAGCUCAUUCAUCACCAUCUUCGGACCACAGCUUAUUGGAUGUACAAAGACUUACCAAGGAGCUUAGUGUGCCGGAGACGAAUUUUGUGAGGGAAACUGUUGGUGACAAACAUGACCAUGACUCUGCUGGAGGUGCUGCUGAAACUUCUAUAUCAGGAAGUCCCUUUGUAAAUUUUGAAGCUUCUCAGGAAGUUCAUACUUCAAGCAUUAUCGUUGCAGUGGACACUGAUAGUGAAAAGAAAUUGCCAUCAGAUGGUUGUUCGUCUCCUUGCAAUCAGUUAUCUGGGCAAGUGGCACCAAAAAGUUCUGCAACCAUAAUGGUUAUGGAGUCUACUGACGAAAGCAAUGCGGGCAUGACAGUUUCCACAGCAGGAUCCAGAGUCUUGGAUGCUCAUCCUUGCACUUCGUUCAGGAUGAGUCAAGGAAUUGCAUCCAAUAAUAGUAGUGCUGAUAAUGAUAGGAGUCCAGGAAUGAAUGCUGCUGGCGUCUUGGAUGUCUAUAGCAUGAGAUAUGAAGCUAUAGAUCAGAUCUGUACCGAGAACAAAAAAGACGGGACAUUUGGAGGGGCCUACAUGUUGGACGGAUCAGAAGCUCGGAACGCGACAAGCACGAAUUCCGAGUGUCAGCGCUCGACAAUUAUGUUCCCUGAUGUGGACGAAAUGCCUACGUUUGAUUUGGGUUUCUAAAUGAGGGUUCCAAGGUAUGUUGUUGCUGCGCCUCAAAGCUUAGACAUUCCUUGGGCCAUUCACUGCUCAUCCCUGGCCAAGCUUGCCCUUCUGAUCAACAGAAAGGUUAGUACUGUGGUCUUAUGGUCCUCAUGAUUUCUGUGCAUCACUGCAAAACGUAAAUGAAAUCAUGCUCACUUGCA